AUGCCAACUCCACCUCCACCCCCACCCACACCCCGCAUCUUCACCGCCACCCCCGACGACCCACGGCAUGCCCACCCUCACCCCGAUCCCGCACCCCCACCACCCCCAACCACACCCCCACCGCCACCCCCACCACUCCCACCUCCACCGCCACCAGCCCCACUCCCACCCCGCACCCUCACCGCCCUCCCAAACAACCCACGUCUGGAAGUGAUGCUAAUAUUAGAAAUCAACCGCCGUCUCAAACUGUUAUACCUGAAUAAUCUGGAGGUGAUAAAACUGUUAUACACGUACAGUCUGAAGUCUGGAAGUGAUGCUAAUAUUAUAAAUCAACCACCAUCUCAAAUUGUUAUACCUGAACAAUCUGGAGGUGAUAAAACUGUUAUACAUGUACAGUCUGAAGGUGAUGCUAAUUUUGGAAUUGAAUAUACUAUUAUUGGCCUUGCGGCUGAAUUACCACCAUCCCCCCACCACCAUCACCACCAACCCCCACCCCGCACCCUCACCGCCACCCCUACAACCCACGCCCACGGCAUCCCCACCCCCCACUCCCACCUCCACCCUACAGCCUCACCACCGCCACCCCCACCCCGCACCAUCACCGCCACCCCUACAACCCAUGGCACCACCACCACCUAUCCCCACCCCCACCUCACCACCGCCCCCCACCCCACCGCUCCCACCCCACCGCUCUCACCAUCACACCACCCCCAACUUUACCACACUACCACCACCGUCUAUCCUCACCUACACCCCCCAAUUAUCGCUACCACUAAGCAGUCCAUAGAAGAUAAAACUGUUAUAUAUGCACAGUCUAGAAGUGAUACUAAUAUUGAAAAUCAACUACCGUCUCAAACUAUUAUACCUGAACAAUUUGGAGGUGAUAAAACUGUUAUAGUUGUACAGUCUGAAGAUGAUGCUAAUAUUGGAAUUCAAUAUACUAUUAUUGUUCUUUCUGAAGCGGCUGAAUUACCACCAUCCCUCCACCACCAUCACCACCAACCCCCAUCCCGCACCCUCACCGCCACCCCCACAAUCCACGACAUGACCACCCCCACCUCCACCCUACCACCCCCACCCCAAACCUGCACCCUCACUGCCACCCGCACAACUCACUGUACCGCCACCCCCACCACUCCCACCCCGUACCCUCACCGUCACCCCACACAGCCCACGACAUCCCCACCCCCACUCCCACCUCCACCCUACAGCCUCACCACUGCCACCCCCACCCCGCACCCUCACCCCCACCGCUACAACCCUUGGCACCACCACCACCUAAUCCACUACUCCACCCCACCCCACCUCACCACCCCCCACCAUCCCCAGUACCCCACCCCUACCGCCCCCACCAUCCCACCACCCCCAACUUUAUCACAUUACCACCACCAUCCACCCUCACCUACACCCCCCACUAUCGCUACCUCUAAGCAGUCCAUAGAUGAUGAAACUGUUAUAUAUGCACAGUCUGGAAGUGAUGCUAAUAUUGAAAAUCAACCAUCGUCUCAAACUGUUAUAGCUAAACAAUCUGGAGGUGAUAAAAUUGUUAUACUUGUACAGUCUGAAGGUGAUACUAAUAUUGGAAUUCAAUAUAUUAUUAUUGGUCUUGUAUAA